ACAUUUAUUAGUGGUUCCCUGUCUGCCUUUUCCUGUAAUUAUAAUGCACUUUUAUUCCAGGAACCAUGAUUGUGAACCAGUAGUUCAGGAGGUUGAUUCGAUUUCUGAAAGAGAAGGACAGGAAAAGUUUCAAAUGCGUAUUGUUGCUCUGCUUGUAGGUUCAAAUUCUGUUUCCUUUUCUUUCAAUCAGAAAACAUCUUUACAUUUCAAAGGAGCAGGAUUAAUGCCAUAAUUUGCAUGAUAAGUUUUUUAAAAAACAAACCUCAGUUUAGUUACAUCAAGCUAACAAACUUCUUUCAAAAUAAACAGGCAAUAAAACCUUUGCUCCUUCAGUAUCAGGUUUCAUUUGAAAUAAAUGUUAAUAAUGGAGUUCACUAACUCUUAGGCAGGAGGGUGUUGAUCUAGCUUCAACUGUAACUUAAGGGAGAAGGAAAUCCUGUAGCAAAUGGCAAUAACGUAUCAGCUCUGUGAUGACUGUUACACUUUCUUUACCAAGAAUUAUGUAAUUCCAGAAACAAGAUGUUCUCAGAUCUUCUAGCUCAGUUUCACAGCAGAAUGUGAUAUAUUAAAAACCUUUUUAAUUUUUGAUAUUCUAAUGGGCUUCUUGUAGGUCACACUUCCUGCAAAUCUCAUCUUUAAAUUUGCAAAUGUAAUUAGUAAGGUACUCAUUAAUGAGUGAAGGAUCAAAAGGUGGGACGGUGGCCAAGAAGCAAUGGAGAAUAAAAGUUUAGAAGGUUCCCCAUCAGACCUAAAGUUAGUGGCUCAUCCGAGAGCAAAGAGUAAAGUGUGGAAGUACUUUGGGUUUGAUACCAAUGCAGAAGGAUGCAUAUUACAGUGGAAGAAAAUCUAUUGCCGUAUUUGCAUGGCACAGAUCGCUUAUUCGGGAAACACGUCCAACCUUUCAUACCACCUUGAGAAAAAUCACCCUGAUGAAUUCUGUGAGUUUGUGAAGAGUAACACUGAGCAGAUGAGGGAAGCCUUUGCUACUGCCUUUUCAAAAAUCAAGCCAGAAUCAUCACAGCAGGUUGUUCAAGAUAAUCUAAUUAUGAAGACCUACCAGAACUAUGAAAACAAAAAGCAUCAAGAACUGACAUCUGCAGUCAUCAGCUUAAUUUGUGAGGGCAUGUAUCCUGCAUCUAUUGUUGAUGAACCCACAUUCAAGGCCCUCUUGAGAACAGCUGAUCCCAGGUAUGAGCUUCCUAGCCGGAAAUAUUUCUGUACAAAAGCUAUUCCUGAAAAAUACAACGCUAUUAGAGAAAUUGUAUUAAAGGAGCUCACUGAAGUUCUGUGGUGUGGCAUAUCCACAGACUUGUGGAGGAGUGAAAACCAGAACAGGUCAUAUGUAACAGUUGCGGUUCAUUUUCUCAGCAGUAGUCCUUCUAACUGCCUGGCUGUUAACUCACGGUGUUUAAAAACAUUUGAAGUACCAGAGGAUAAUACUGCAGAGACUAUUACACGAGUCCUUUAUGAAACCUUUAUUGAAUGGGGGAUCAAUACAAAAGUCUUUGGUGCUACAACAGAUUAUGGUAAAGACAUUGUGAAAGCUUGCUCUCUCCUAGAUAUUCCAGUACAGAUGCCUUGUUUGGGGCACACUUUUAAUGCAGGAAUACAACAAGCUUUUCAGCUCCCCAAACUGUGCAGCCUUCUUGCCAGAUGCCGAAAACUGGUGGAAUAUUUUCAGCAGUCUGCAGUAGCAAUGUAUAUGCUGAGCGAGAAGCAGAAGCAGCAAAAUAUCCUCCACUGUAUGCUCGUAAGCGAUCGUGUUUCCUGGUGGGGAAGCACGCUUGCUAUGUUGCAGCGUCUUAAGGAGCAGCAGUUUGUCAUUGCAGCAGUUCUCGUGGAAGACAGCAAUAAUCACCACCUCAUGCUGGAAGCCAGUGAAUGGAAUACAAUCGAAGGCCUGGUGGAACUGCUGCAACCUUUCAAGCAGGUUGCGGAGAUGAUGUCUGCCUCCAAGUACCCAACGAUAAGUAUGGUGAAGCCGCUUCUCCACAUGCUUCUCAACACUACCCUGAAUAUCAAAGAAAAUGAUUUGAAAGAGAUCAGCAUGGCAAAGGAAGUAAUAGCGAAAGAGCUGUCCACCACCUACCAGCACACCCCUGAAAUAGACAUGUUUCUCAAUGUUGCAACUUUCUUGGAUCCUCGCUACAAAAAACUACCUUUUCUUUCGGCAUUUGAGCGGCAGCAGGUUGAAAACAGAGUUGUGGAAGAGGCAAAAAGCCUUUUGGAGAAAGUAAAAGAAAACACCUUUAGGACUGAAGAAAAGUUCUUCACUGUUUCAGAAGAGCCCCCUGUGAAAAAAAUAAUAAUCUCCUCCACUCCUCCUCCUACUAGUGUAAUCAACAACAUGCUUGCAGAGAUCUUUUGCCAGACAGGAGGUGUGGAAGACCAGGAGGAAUGGCACGCUCAAAUUGUGGAGGAAUUGAGCAACUUUAAGUCACAAAAGGUCCUUGGUUUGAAUGAAGAUCCACUAAAGUGGUGGUCUGAUAGACUAGCGCUGUUUCCAGUUUUACCAAAGGUUCUUCAGAAAUACUGGUGUAUUCUGGCCACAAGGGUCUUUCCCGAACGCCUUUUUGGUUCUUCUGCUAAUGUUGUAAGUGCUAAGAGAAAUCGGUUAGCCCCAGCUCAUGUGGAUGAGCAGAUCUUUUUGUAUGAAAACACUCGGAAUGGGUCUGAGGCAGAACCAGAAGACGAAGAUGAAGGGGAGUGGGGUUUGGAACAGGAACAGAUUUUUAAUUUGAAUGACUCAGUAAAUGUAAACAACAAUUUCUUUAACAUCCGUGACAGUGGAUUUGUUUAACAGGACUACAUUUAAUAACAAAAAAAGGUAUUUGUCUUAAGUUACCAAAAAUACUUCUGUUUGAUGCUAUGAAUGCUGUAAAUAUUGAACAGUUGUAACAAACUUGAUUUAGCUUCCAGUGUCUAUGUUUUUCCCACUGUCUUAAAACAUGAAUGACUUGUGAUUAAACAGCACUGAAAUGAAUGAGGAAAUAAAUUCUACAAAGACCGUGAUUUCUGACUGUGACCCAGAUUUCAGAAAGCACUUAUCCAUGUGCUUCAUUUCCACUUACUUCAAUGGGACACAAACACGUGCUUAUGUGCUUUCUAUAAUAAAAAUAUUUUCCUGAAUUAGGACCCUAAGCAAGGGAGUUUUUAAUGUUCAUGCCUCCAUGUAUAAAUCCUGUGUGGCUUAGGAUGUUAGCUUUAAAUUUUGGAUUUUAAGACAUUAUUUUUAAAAACCAUAGAUCAGAGCAGCAAAGAUUUUUAGAGUGUAUCAAUGCUAUAGAAUAGAUAAAAAGAUAUUGAGCCUGAUUUUCUUUUUCACUACCUCAUAUCUUAGGCCUGGUCUAUGCUAGAAAAAUUCACCUGAUAAAACUGUGUCAAUUAGGGGAGCAAUGUAUUAUCAUUUUAACUGAUACUGUUAUGCUGGCAUAGGCUGUAGUGUGGGUGCACUUAUACUGGGAUAAUUUAUUUUCUUUGCAGCAUGGUAUAAAUGCUAUAAACACUUUUUAAACUGGUGUUGUUUAGGUCGAGGCAGUGUUGUGUUACAUUCACUUUGUACAAACGUUAUAGAUAAUUCCAUGAGGUGCAAAGCAGCAGAGAAGUCAGGCCCCUUAACAAUGAAUGGAAGAAUAGAAAGAGAGGUUGGAAAACUCCUAAGGGUCAUGGCUCUGUUAAUGUGUGUAUUUUAUAAAGUAUUUACCCUUUAAUUUAAAUGGGGACUUUGCCCAGGGUAGCUAGAAAAUUUUGUUGGCGAGAAAAGUAAAAUAAAUAGCUUUAAUAUUAUGUAAAUAUAUUUAAACGAGGGGACCGCUCUAUUUCCCCACAUGUAUUUAGUAACUGUUUUAAAAUUGUUUCUUAUUAUGUUAGCACUUAAACUUUUUUUUUUCCCUGUCUCUCUUUCGAUUCAGUUUGUAGAGUGGACUUUAGUCUGGUCCAGUCAAAUGUUAGACUAUUAUUUCCAAUUAGUUGUUGUGUAUUGUAACUGCUCCCUUUAUUUCUGUAUGCUUAAAUGUUUUAAGCCCUCUGGAGAACUUGGCAAAAAACAAAAAAAACGAAAAAACACAUCUCUUACAAAGUACGGCAGGUCAUGAACAGGAUUAUAGUUCAUACUUGGCACAGAGUGGGAUGACAGCCAGCAUUUUUAUAUGAGGUAUGGUGGAGGACUUUUAACAAUGUCUAGUUAUUAUCAAAGUUUUCUGGUGGUUUUAUAUUUGUUACUUGUGUCUGUCCUCCCCCACAAAAUCUCCCAAAUAGAGCUGUUUGGGGAGGGUCGUUCUCCCUUGAAUUAAAUGCCAAUAUUUCCUAUUAGCUUUUAAAGGUGUAUAAAGAUGUAAAUGAGAUAACUUUUGAAAUUCUGUGCCUAGAUGCAAAGAACUAACUUAGAUUUGCUCUCCUGUGGCAGUCUCAACGGUUAUACUGUUAAACACAAACAUGCAUAUAUGUCUUAGGCUUUGUGGUAAUGGCUGGCAGAGUGAAAGCCUAAGAGUGAUUUUGCAUAUUUGUGUUAAGUGUCUAUGAUUAUGUUAAGCACUACUUUUUUGGUGAGAGAUCUAUUGGAUACUGCUUGUUACCAAUUUGUAGGAGAAAAUUUCAAGUUUAUCAUCAUGCCGGUGUCCUCAGAUGUUUGGUUUUAGAAAGGGCCUAGCCAGAAGGAAUAUACAAAAAUGAGAAUUACAGUGAAAUUUAAUAUAUUACCAAAAUGUUUAUUUGUAUUUUGCUUUGAUAGUUCUUACAAGUUUGAGGUGUCUUUAUUUUCUUUUGCCAGUACAUGGUGGGAAGGGUAGGGGGGGAGGGAAGGAUGGAUUAUAAAAUAAAGGAGCAGUGAAGUAAAUAGUAGCAAACUACCUGGCAAGUUUAAGCCCAGGAAAAAUGAGUUUAACAGCUAAUGUGACACAGAUUUGGCUGUCAGUAAGCUUGAAUUUUCAUUGUCCAGCCCUCUGAAAAUUCAUUUGCAUUUGUAUAAAGUACCUGCACAGCGCAUUAUUUUGAAUGUUGCUACUUUGUGUGUGCACUGAAGAGGUGCCUGUGAUUAUCCCAUGAGGUAGAACAGAAGCUUGGCCUAAAAACGUCCGGAAGUGUAGGCUAUCUGUGAGGGUAGCACAGUCAGAUAAUGGGAGGGAGCAAGAUAUAGCAGGUCUCUUUUUCUGUUACCUGAGUUCCUGUUACUCCCCUAGAAUAUUUAAGAAACCCUUUUUGUUUUGUAUGUCGGGUUGGAUGCCAGCCAGCGUCAGUUGUGUCCAUUUUCACCACCGCCGCCUGCUACUACUGAGGUUGGCCUUCAAGGAGUUGCACAAGUGCUGGCACAAGGCGUACGGAUCUCAUUUUAUACCAGUGUAAUUUAAAAUUGAAAUCAGAGUAGGGAAUACCAGAGUGAGCAGAGUAUCAGUCUCCAGGUCUGAAUUCAGCUCACGUGUAUUGGCAGUACCCAAGUCCUGUUUCCAUCUUCAUCUUGCUAGGGCUAAAAGUGUGUAGUUCAGCUUAUGGCUUACCUCAUAAGCAGUUUUACUGAGACCAGGGCAGUGCACUAUUCUCUUCCUUCUAGCUUCUUUUUAUUUUUUGGUAUCCAAAAUAAAACUGUAGUUGGUUGAAUUGAUAUGUCUCAGCAUUCUUUUAAAAAAAGAAAGAAAGAAAAAAAAAGAACAAAGCCAUUGUUAGUCCUACCCAUUGUCUGUGAGAUUUUUAUUUAAUGUUCUAAGCCUGGAAUAUUGUUAAAUAAACUAGAAAAAUAAGUUAGUUACUAGAUUAUUUGUCUGAUGUGUGUUCAUAUCUACAGCACUUUAUGACUUUGAACUCUUCUGCAACAAGGGGAGGUUGUAUUCUAAGGUUUUAAAGCUAUGCAUUUAUUUUCCUUUUGAUGCUGUAAGUUAUUUUAAAAAAAUGCUGUACAAAUCUUUUGGAUUAAAAAUAUGAAGAUGAAAAAAGUCAGAAGUUUAGAGAAUUUCUCUUGCUUAAAAACGUGUGAAGUUUUUCAUUUAACCUAAUUUUCUGUUGUCUAGUUGGGUGAAGAAACAAAGUUGCAGAUCUAUUUUAAAUAUUGUUACAAAAUGAGUAAAACUAUGUUGUUAUUGCCAAGGGUGGGCCCAGAAUACAUUUCAAAUUAUGCUAUUAAUUCAGAUUGAUGUUGAUUUUUCUUGACAGCUAAUUUGAAUCCUCAGUCUAAUAUUUCCUGUUCUCUUUGGCACAGCUGAGAUCUCUUUGAGAGGCAAUAGAGGGACUUCAACUUUUGAAUACUUUCGUGCUGGAAAAGUGUAUUUUCAAAUGCUCUUUCAAAAUAUAUAUUUUGUGUCAAAAGAAGAAGAAUUACCUUUUGCUACCAAGCCAAGUAUUUCCAGUUCAGCAUUUAAACUCUGUGGUAGGAUUAAGAAUGCAGCUGAAAGGACUUUUCUCUGAAGAACCAAUCUUUAAAUACAGUCUACCUUUCUGUGUCAUCAGAUAGUAUUAUGAAUCUCCAAAACCAAGAUGAAGUUGAAGAGGCGAUUUUUUUCAGCAGACUGUAUAUGAGAUUCCUCAGUUUAAAUUAAGGACACAGAUAUACAUCGUAGUGGGUUUCUGAUUUUGAAGCUGUGGAUUAUUUGGGGAAAGGACAUAGUAUUUUGUAUUUCAAUUGCAGUAAUAUAUCAGAGAUCAUACUGAAAUUAUGGCUUUGUGUUACCAAGUCUUAACAAAAUGUUUUCUGGCCCCAAGUGAAUAACUUAAAUAAUAUUUCAAAGCAGGAGAGUUUGGGAUAUUCACAAUACUUCUCCUAUUUAGCUUUAUGUUAAUGUUAUCACAGUAAAGAAGAACUUGGAUCACUUUGAGCCUAUUCCAGGCAUUUGGAGCAGGAUGAUCUGUGGGAUAGAAAGCUGGCAUCUGAGCCCAGAGCUCUGGAUUCGGUUUCUUGUCUGCAGCAGACUCCUGGUGUGAUUCUGUAGUUUGUUUUGCCAUCUGUGAAACCAGAUGAAAUGUGGGGGAUAAAUGCACUGAGAGGCAAUCACGUGAUUGGUGACAGGGCCUGUAGAAGUACCCUGAGGAAAAUGCCUCUGUAAAGAGCUGGAGCAUGGUGUGACUCCCUGGCUCCCUGCCACUGUCGCAGCUGUGCCUCUUGUGCCCUGGAGCCACCGAGGGGAGUGCAACACAGCCAAGUCCACCUGGGCCAAGUCCACCUGCUGCUUCCUGCAGAGCUGCCCUCCCUGUCAAAAUCAGCUGUGAUCCAAACUCAAAUAAAAACUCACAUGGGAAAAAGAUCAAUAAUAUGCAAUUGUCUGAGUUUUUUAAUAUGCGCAUUUUAAGAUG